AUGGCAGGGAUGGGAACAUUCAUCAAUCUUCAAGAGCUGAGAGUUGAGGGCGGCUUCCCAGAUAACGAUCCGGCCGAAGUCGAUCCUACAUUUGAGCGCUUCAUUGCUGCUUUGCCGCCGUUGAAGACGCUUGUGGUCGUGGGUGUGGGGGAUGUGACAUUUACUACUAUUUUACAGCACCACGCCCCAGGUCUGCGUCACCUUCAAAUCAAACAGCGUAUCCUAUCUCUCCCAAAUGUUCGCGAAGUAGUCAACACAUGCUCAAAGGUACGGGAACUGACCAUCGAGAUACUGCGUACUGGUGGAGACGCAGAAGAAGUCAAGAAAUAUCAAGCAAUCAGCCACAUGCCCGACCUGAUUAGCCUCACGCUGGAGCUUCGCUGCUCAGAGUACGCACCGACUGGGCCGGACGCACCAUGUAUGAGUAUGAAUUUCCCUGGCAAGGGCUUCAUCCAUCAGGCUUUGAUAAACGCAGCACUGAAUGAAAUGCUCGCAAAAUCAAUAUUUGCUACAAUACGAAAAUCUGAUACCCAGGCCAUUUCCCCUCUUUCGCGUGUAGAGUUACACAUGGAUGGUUUGCAUACCAUCAAUAACAACAUGACUGAUUGUGCUUUCCAGAACGCUGCACGCUGGAUCGCACGCAGCUGGGUCUUCCAACGCGAUCCGCGAGAUACGCAUUGCCACGAGUUCACUCUGACGGAGCUUGGCCUGCGGGACAGGCUACGCGCUGGCCGAGAGUUCUAUAAAACUCUCGAUAGCCGGAGCGGGCAUCGCCGUUGGUCGGAUAUUUGGAAGAAGAUUUGGCCAGGAUCGGGAGACACAUGGAAAGACAACUGGCGCAGCUUCCCUCUCGUUGUUGGAAAUGAGGGUGCGUCAAGCUUCGACGUCUUGAAAAGCAGCUCUGAACCAGAGCGCUAG